ACGUAACUCUUCUACACAACUUAGCUAUUCCGUACGCGCCCUCGCCGCCAGGGCAAAGGAUGGCGCCAGUAAGUUAUCUAUCCACCGCCAACUCCAGGCCCUUCGCCGUAGCCUAAAAGGAAAAACAGAGGUGGCGCGCUAGAAACGCCUAAGCCACCAAAUAGGCCCAGGGUGUCACGUUUUCUCGUGCCUUACUCGCGUUGCCGCUCCAACAUAGGCCAUGUUAGUAUGACCCCAACGUCAUUUCAGCCUUAAGUUACCUCGAAGCCAAAACUCACUGGAUGAGCUCGGAUUUGACGACAGCAUCCAUUACACAUUCCUACUGAAUUUGACCAUCCCACCUUCUAUUACCAGAGCAAUCUCUCCAAAUUGAAUCAUAUCAGUCCCGAGUUCUCUGCGCAUCAAUUCCUCCGCAAUGGCCCCCUCCACCCGCCGCUCAGCGAGCGGUCCCCGCUCCUCCCCAGCCCGAGGCAAGCAAUCCACUCUCUCCUUCAACCACCGGGUCACGAAGCCCGUUCCCAAGCCAGCCAAGAUCAAUGACCUAGCUACGCCCACGAAACCAUCGCCGCUCUCGAAGCAUGUGCAGUCGGCGACCGAUCUUUCCAAAGAAGAGGAGGAGGAGGCAGCAGUGGCCGUCGAUGAUAACGUCGUCACCAAACCCGUCGAGGAGAUCGAGGUGGAAGAGGAAGAGGAGCCGGUGGUAGUCAAGUCCGCAGCCGAACUCCGUGCCGAGAAGAUUAUCGAUCGCGAUAUCGAUAAGUACUGGCGCAAUUUGGAGAAGGAGCGGGUUGCAAAGCGGGUGCAUCAGGGAGAUUUGAGUACGGGGGAGAAGGUGCUACGGUACUUUGAUGUUAGUUCACAAUAUGGGCCAUGCGUGGGAAUCGACCGCUCGAAACGCUGGCAGCGAGCUGAGCGUCUGGGUCUUAGUCCGCCUAUUGAGGUCCUCGCGGUGCUGUUGAAGGAGGAGAAGAAGGGAAAGAAGGAGGUUAUCAAGGGUUAUCAAAUGGCGCAUUUGGAUCAGAUUCUGAAUUCGACGGCUAUUGGUUCUACGUAGUUGGAUCCAUGCAGCAGGGAAGAAACGGUAAGGACGGCCUAGGUGGUGCGAAAUGAAGAUUACGAAGAGUACGAUGGGAUGGGUUGGCAGGGAACGAAUUGUCUGGCUACCGUGGAGUUGGCUUGUAUAUCAGUUGAGCUUUCAGGCGUCAGGAUGGAUUUCGCUAAAAGCGUUGAGAUAUCGCAAACGGCUGGACUUUGGGGAGUCUGGCACAAUGGAAGAUUUGCUUCAUCA